AUGGGGCGCAAAAAUAAAGGCUCUACUAAAGAUAGCGGAGACAAGCUUGCUACUUCUAAACAACCUGCUCAGCUUCACCAAAAUGAUACUGCAACCUUCUCUGAUGACAAAAGCGGAAUGCUAAAACGAAAGCCAACAAAGGGUAAAAAACGGUUCAGCAAUAAUUAUAAUAAUAAUAAUGAUAGGCACAAAUCGGUAGAUCCUUUAGCGAUUGCGAGAAGGCAAUACGUACAUGAUCAAAAUGAGAAAAGGAAGCACAAGGAGGAACUAAAUCGACAACGCCAACUGAAGGAAGCUGAGAUUAAGAAAAAACAAAAAGAAAGACGUAGAACCAGUAGGUUAUUAAGAAUGAAGACAAAAUCUGGUCAGCCAGUGAUGGCUCAUAAGAUUAAUUAUUUAUUAAAUAAACUACAAAAAACUGCCACAUAG